CAACAACAAACAAUGUCAAAUAACAAUAAUAAUAAUAAAUUAAAUAUGCCACAAUUAAUACCAUUACCAACAAGUACAAAUAGUAAUAUAAUAAAUACAAGUACAAGUGGUGCACAAGUGAUGACCAGUUAUGGUAGUAUUGUAUCAUCUGCAUCGAACACAACAAAUUUAAUAAAUACAACAUCAAAUAUAACAACAAGUAAUAUAACAAAUAAUAAUAUGUUGAAUAGUAAUAACAAUGGACAAGUGUUGCAACGUGUACAAACAAUACAAUUGACACCACAAAAACAGCAGCAAUUAAAAAAUAUUCAACUUCAAAUUCAAACAUUAAACAAUCGUUUACAACAAUUACAACAACAAUCAAUUGUUGGAACACCGGAUAACAAUAGUACGCAAACAAUGAAUGAAAUACAAUUACAAUUACAACGCUUGUUUAAUGAACAAACAAAAAUCCUAGCUACUGGUAAAUUACUAUCAAAUAUACCGACAAUACAACAAAUCCAACAACAACAACCAACAAUUGUGAAUACUAGUGUUGGUGGUGGUACAACUGGUCUAAUACAACAAAUACCAAUAUCACAAAUACAACAAACUGUGCCCGUUCCUGUAUCUGUUGUAUCUAUACAUCAACAACAACACCCACCGCAUCAACAAACUAUGUUUUAUACAUCAACAGGAACAAUAACACCAACAAUAAUUACAUCAUCAACUAAUAAUGCGUUAAUAUCAUCAACAUCAACAAGUAAUUGUACAUCAAAACAAUUAAAACAACAACAACAACAAUUACAACAAGUAUUAAAUAUAAACAACAUGAACAAGAAUAUACUAACAAGUAGUGGUGCUAUGAUUACAACAGCUGCUGGUGCAAAUACAAUUAUAUUUAAAGAUUCAUUAAAUGACCAUAUUAUUAGUAAUUGUAAUAAUAAUGAUAAUAAUAUUGUUAUUGGUAUUAAUACAUCUGGUGCUGGUGGUGCUCCUGGAGCUGGUGUUGGUGUACCUACUAGUGUACAACAACAACAACAACAACAACAUCAUCAUCAUACGCAUAUUGUUGGUGGUCAACAACAACAACAGCAACAUAUUAUACAACAACAAAAUAUGUGUAAUUUGAAUAAAACAGUAACCGCAACAAUACCAACUAUUACAUGUACCAGUUCAAAUACAAUUGUUAAUAAUAUACCACAGCAACAAUCGAAUAAUAAUAUAAUACGACCACAAUUUUUGCAACAACACCAGAUUAAUGAAAUGAAUAAAGCGACGAAUACUGCUGUAUGUAAUACUUCCUCAAUAUCACCGGUAUCAACAGCAAAUUCAUCAAAUGUAAUAACUGUACAGACAUCAUUACCAAAUAUACCACCAAUGUCUGUUAAUAAUGAUAAUAAAAGAAAUCAGGUUGUAUCAACCCAAACAACAUCACAGCAUAUUGAUUUCAUAAACAAUAAAUAUCAACAAAUUACAUCGCAAUCGACAACAUUACCAACGUCAUCGUCAUCAAACAUAAUAACAACGAAUAAUAAUUUAAGUAAUCAAAAAUAUCAUCCAAGGCCUGCUGUUGUUGUGUCCUCAGCAUCAAAUAUAUCUCAACAUCAACUUCAGCAUCCGCAUCCCCAUCAACAUCAAACAACAAUACCGAAUAUUACCUUGAAUACCAUCAAUUCAAGCCCAAUAGCAAAAAUGAAAAAAUCACCAACAAUUACAACAAAUAACAAUAGUGUACAAACAGUUCCAAUUGUUACCUCUGCACAAAAUACAAUACCAACAACAAUCAAAGAUGUUUUUAAACCACAAUUACCACCGCCAGUUUCACGUCCUGCAUUAUUUGAACAACAAUUAACAAUGGAUCAACAAGAAGCAACAAAUCCAGAUAUACAUACACCUUUUCAAAGUAAAAGUGAUGCUUGCAAACGUUUAGUUCGUUAUCAUUGUAUGAAUCAGCCAGUAUUAUCACAAAAGGAUUUAGAUAAAGCUGAUGAAAUAUUUGAAUUAACUGCAAGACAUUUUAUUGAUAAAUUUUAUAAUAUGGUUAAUAAAUAUAAGACAUUGCGGUUAAUGGAAAGUAUGCGUGAAGUACCAACAUCUGAAUUAAUGAUGAUUGAUCGUAUGUUCAUUGCUGGUGAACAACAAGAAUUAGAAAAAUUACGUGCUGAAAAAUUACAAAAAGAUUUAGAAAAUGAUUUACUGGGCACAUCAACCGACAACAUUGAUUAUAUGAAUAAUAUAACAAAUUUGAUAAAACACGAACAGCAACAAUUGAAUACAUCGUCAACAGACAUCAAACACGAUCAACAACAAACAUAUUGUACAACAAAAAACGAAUUAAUCAAAUCAACAACAACCACCACAGAAAAUAUUAUAAAUUCUUUAGAAUGGAAUCCAACAAAGUCAGAUUCAACAACGAUGCUGUUAAAACAGGAAAUCAAAUCUGAGAUACAAGAUUCAUCAACAACAAAUUUAAAUAAUAUUGAAUAUGAUGAAUGGUAUUGUAUACAAAAAGAAUUGGGCUAUGUUACAAAUACCGAUAAUAAGUUAAAAACAGAAAUUAAAAUUGAACCAACAUCAUCUUCAAAAGUUGAAGAUGACAAUACUACUGAUAAAUUGAAAGUUGAAGAUGACAUUGAAAGUAAUAUAAAAACAUUUGAAAUACGUUCAAAUCCACAACCUCCGCUCUCACCAAUGAUCAACAAUAACAACAAACGGACAUCAUCAGUUAUCAGUGGCGGUGGGGGUACAAAUAUAAUUAGUAAUGAUUUUGACUCAAAACGUUUAUGUACAACAUCACCAGUAAAAUCAUCAAAUCAUUAUCAUCAUCAUUUAAACAAUCAUCAAGGUGGUAAGGACGCAUCAACAACAUACAAAAUUAAUAAAUAA